AUGCACAAUGGGACUGGUUAUGACUCAUAUUUCCUGUUGGAUAACAAUCCAGCAUACCCUAGUAUUGUAAACCUGAGGGGAACCUCGGGUUUAGAACAACAUCGCCUCCUUUCUCCUUUCUCCUUCGAUCGUCUACGGCCUACGCUUCCUCCCUCCUUCGUUCUUCUACGCCCUUACCUCCGCCUCUGCUCUUUCGAUUGUCUACGCCUCUUCCUCCUCCUCCUUGGCUUUUCUCCUCGGCUAUCGGCUAUUUCGUACCCAGAAGUGUUGGAUCCUGAGCAAGCAGUGAAAGAGCUAUCUGGUAAUCUAAUGACUAAUACUAUUAAUUGGAUAUGCUGUGCUCUUGCUGGGGGUCCCUUGAUGCAAGCUCGCAACUUUGCUGUUAUGACUGGUGUCAAUGCUGGCAUAUCCUGUGUCAUGAAAAGAUUGAGAGGUUUUUACCAAAAAAAAUUGAGAGGCAAGGAGGAUGUUCAAUCUAGGUCAUUUGAGGAGUAA